AUGGUUGAAUAUAAAGCGUUAGAACUUUUUGAACAAAUUACUUCUCCAUCUCAAUGGAAUACUCAUUUAUUUCUAAAAGCAAAAAUGAAAUCAUGUAGCACAAAAACUAAAAAUUAUCUAACCGCAACAAAAGAUGUUGAAUAUGAUUUUACAUUUAAAAUCGCUGAAUCAAUAUUAAAUAAAGAUGAAGCUCAAACAUUAUACAAUCAAAUGCGUCAAUUAACUAAAGAUUAUCGUACUCAAGCGAUGUCAUUGUAUUUACAAUCGACUACUCGUUUUCCGAAAGAAGAAAAUGAUUCAAUAAUAAUUGAUGCUGAAGACGAUUCAGAAGCUGAGCCAUCCCUUUAUUUUUUAAAGGUAAAGCGAGGAUUUCUCGCUCUAACUAUAAUAAAUAAAGCAAAAGCAAAAUUAACCGAGGACGAAUAUCAAUUAUUAAAAUUAGGUCCUCGAUUUAUUUAUAAUGAUCCAAAAGCGGCUUCGAGACGACGAACAACUGAAUUGACUGUAUUAAAACGAAAAAUUGAAACUCGAUUUUUCGAAAAAAAGUGGACCCCGUAUAGUUUUGUAAAAAAAACAGAUAAAUCUAAAGUUUUUCAUUUAGAUAAAUUGCAAGAUUAUCACAAAAAACCAGAUGAGUAUAUGGAAAAAACUGAAGUAUAUGAACGUUUACAUCAAAAUGAUCCAUUACCAAAUUUAAUAGAACAUACAAAUAAAUAUUUAUUAAAUUUAAGAUUGAAACAUUGGAUUACACAGAGACAAUAUGAACAAUUAAGCGUUAAACCAAAUGAAAUGAAAUUAACCCAUUUAUAUUAUCUACCAAAAGUCCAUAAACUUGGCACUCCACUUCGACCAAUAUUGUCUCUGGAUUCAAACAUCCAACUAUAA